AAAAUAUAUUCAAAUCCAAAAUUCUCGUAGGGGUCGUAUAGAUGGCAGCACGCGACGCAAUUAGAGGCACGUUUGACAGUCGUGAAAAUUUGUUCGGAAACGUUCGACAAAUGGCGUUCGGUAUUAAAAGUGUGAUGUGUGGUGCGUGUAAACAAAAGUACAUUGAAGUUCUGCGAAAUGUUUGGCAAACCUGACGCCAGCCUGCGAUAAAUGUUAACUUCGUCAAACGAUUCUGUGGACGUUGGUGUCGAGGAGUAUUUUGGUUACCAUCCGGUCGACAACGCAUUCCAACGUGCAUUGUCGUCGUCGCGAAAUCGUAACUCGAGGGGAGGAGAAGGUGGCAAGGCGGAAAAAAGAGCGAUAUUUUGAGCGCAGCGAAGUUUCGCAGUUGGUCAAAGGGUGAGCUAAGAAAAGCGCCGGAAGAAUGGGGGAGAGCCAGGAACAACAGCAGCCCCUGCUUCGUUCGAUCAACAACGUGUACGUGUCCCUCGUUAGGUUCAUCAACAAGACGAUGCACAACGUCGUUCUCUACUGGAUCGAUUAUCAAGGUCGGGCUGUCAGCUACGGUGUAUUGUCGCCUGGCGAUUGCCUCGACAUCGACACGUUUGUUACGCAUCCGUGGAUCUUCGUCGACCAAGAAACCAGAGACAGGUACACAGUGAACCAGAAGGAGGUGUUCUUCCCGGAGCCGAGUCCGUUGUUGUUAGUGAGACAGGAACGUCGCUAUCCCAUCAGGGUAGCUUUGCAUCCCCGUCGAAGACGCGAAAGGACCGACGUCUUCAUCACGCUACCGGUUUAUACUCUGCGCGAGCUGUGUCUGAGGGCCAUCAGGCGUCGUUUGACGCACGAUGAACAGGCGUUUCAGCUCGACAUUCCGAGGAGCCUUCAGUACGAGCUCGCGAUCAUGCUGCUGAAAAACGAGGAAAUAAAUAACGCUCGAAACUUGUAGCGAUCGAUUCGUACGGCUUAGCGAGUGUCAGCCCGGUGUCUCUUCUGAUCCCUGGAUCUUCGCCAUCGUGAUAUUCAGGUCACUCCGGUCGGAAGAUUCUGCCAGUAUAGCCGUUGGUUUGCCGGUGGUUUCGCGGGGAAAGCGUUUUCCGGUCUAUUGGCUUUGAAGAGGAACUUACUUUGGAUUUUCGGGGUUGCUGCGGCAUAGCUUCAGGAAAUUGGACUUGGGGGCUUCUCAAUGGAAGGUGGGAUAUUUCAGGACGGUUUUUGGAGGAUCCGUUGGCAGCUCCGCUGGUUUUUAGGCAGCACGCAACGAGCUAGGGAUUUUCGAACGAUGUUAGAAACCGCGCGAGCGACUACCUAUCUGUUGAUCGCUUUAUAGCGCCGUAUUCUGACUCAUAAAAGUAUUUAAAAACUUAACAUAUAGGAAUUAUACAUUUCGGAGUUUCGUUAGUGCCGUAACGAACACGCGAGUUGAUAUAAGAAACCCGAAAGCGUCGUGUAUGGUAACUUAAGUAUUUGAACGCCACAACGUGGGAAUCUUUUAUAGAUACAUUACGCGAGUUACACGGAACGUUUCAGAAUUUCGUUAGAAUUCGUUGUAGCGAGAUACGAGUAUCUUGAUACAUUGUUAAAAUUUGAGAACGAUGAAAACGUGGCAGUUCGAUUUUACAUAGAAGACCAAAACAAUAGAUAUUAAAAUUGUAAUGCAAGUACACUUAACAGAAGUAAAAGAACACAAAAAUCUGUAGAAAUGUUAUGAGUAUGAAAUCAUGAAAAUUCGUGGAAGAAACUUCCCCGGGAGGAAGUUUGGAUUACAACAAAACUAUAUAGCAAAUUCGCGGAACAAACGUUUGGCUCGAUCGGCACGUGUUUGCCUCGAUUCACCGAAAAGCCACGAUAGUCUGCUGAGUUACGUCGCUUCCCUCUCGAAACCGCGAUACGUGUACAAUGUGUACAUACGUGUAAUAUAUGUGUGUAUUUUAUCGCUUGAACGUUUCGAGCUUAUCGGCGCGCGCCGAAUUCCUCCAGAGCCUGUCCGCCUUCCGCGAAAAAACCACCAGUUUUAACAAUUUUUAACCAGGUUGGUUCCCGAAUCUAUUUAUCUCUUGUUUCGACAAUCAAAAAAGCUCUUAAUAUUUGGAAAAAAAAUUGUAACAUUCAAAUAGAUUAUGGAUUUUCGUGACAAAAUUUCUUAUUUUAUGAAAAUAAUUCAAAAUAUAGGACCUGGGCAGAUAUCUGUUUCGUCUGUUAGGAACUGCGGCGAAUAUACUCUUUGUAUAUUUUGUACGCUUUUGUAUAAUAUGCCCACUCUUUGAAUAUCGCCGCUUUUAAAUUUGAUCGAUGAUGGAUCGUUUAUCGUUUAUACGCGAUAUGAAACAAAAAGCUUUUUUCAUCCUUUUCGAUCUAAUGAAACUUUUGGCAAUAAAAGAGACCGCGAUUAGAUUGAAAAUAAUUCAACGAACGCAGUAGAGUUACACGUAGAAAAUAUUAAAAACGUUGAAAAUACAGUGUAUCGCUGUUUCAGUUCUUUGACAUCGUUUAAUUCUUAUCGUGCAUUGUUAUGCACGUUGCACGUCUGUUCGAAGCGCAAAGAAAAUUAAAACAUUCCACGUGAUUUCUGAUAUAAUCGAUAAACUAUCCGCUUCGGUAAUUGUCUUCCUCUUUUCUUUUAUUUCUCUUCGUUGAUUACAAUAAUCAAUAAACCGUAAGUAAUUAAAGUCUGAUAAAUGUAAUUCUGAAUUAAUUGCGAGAUUAAAAACGAUCUGCGUUUGGUAGAUUAAUUAAAAGUAGGCUCUCGAGGGAACAAAUAUUUUACUCGUUUCCUUCGCAACUCAUUUUUAUCAAUUUUACAAUUUGAUAACAGUUUCAUACAUAUAAUUAGCCUACGGUCGAAUGUUACUAUUAUAGUAUCGAUUAAUCGUGGUUAUUAGUAAGUUUAAUUUAAGGUACAUAAAGGAGCGAACUGUUGCUCCCGUAGAAAUAGUCAUUCAUAUUUUUCAUAUCCUAUAUUUUCGUAAUGAAAUCUCCUAAACAUUCGCUGGUGUUCCAUUGGUGGGAAUGUUGCUACUUUUUAAGAGACUCCCUUGUGAUGAGGGACAUUGCGGUAAUCUUUUAUUAACUCGAUGUAAAUUACCUGACUUGUAAGUAUUUUUACUCGUGAAUACUUUUAAGGUGAUUAAACGGCAUGAGAAAAAAUA